GGACCGGAGCCAGGUCGGGGCCCCGCAAAAGCCGGUGGGGAGGGGGGGGCUGCGGCUUCACCGGGGGCAAGCCCCUCGCCGGGCGGGCAGGGGAGCGGCGGAGGCAGAGCAGCCCCCGCCUCCCGCCCGCUCUCCUCCCCCUUCCCCCGCUCCCGCCUUUUGUGCGCCGAGCCCGGGCGUCAACGGGCGCCAGCGGCCGCGGAGCUGACAGGAGCCCGCGGCUAUCGGCCUCGGCAGCGGCGCUGUGGCGAGGGCGGCAGCGCUGAGCCGCGGCCGCUCCCGUCACCAAGGCGCUGCCUGGCAUAGAAACAGAGACGGACUGACAGACACACGCAGCACGGAGCGGCGCGGGCUCGCUUUUGCAGCUCCUCUCCUCCCUGCACCAUGCUCCGCUCCAGGCAGCGCCCGCUCGCUGCUCCCUGAGGGCAGCCAGCUCCGCGCCCGGCUAAGCGGGCGGCUGGCACCCGGCUCCUUCCCCCCGCCCCCGGUUACCUGAGUUAGCUCCGUCCCGGGCACUUUGGCAGCGCCUCCGCCCUCUCCCGCUGUGGCAGCCCUUGUGCAGCGGAGGAGUGAGCCGCCAGCAGCCGGAGGGGCUGCAGCCGCCGCCGGGGGAGACAAGCUCAAGCCCCCGCCCCCGGAGCUCUUCAUGGCGUCUCACCAGCAGACGAGGAUCCAAGCCUACCUGGAGAAGAAUAAGAUCGGUCCCCUCUUCGAGGAGUUGAUGACCAAGCUGAUAACGGAGACACCUGACCAGCCAAUUCCAUUUCUAAUUGAUCAUCUUCAGUCCAAGCAGGGAAACCGUGGUCAGCUUCAGAGAACAUUGUCUGGCUCUGCUGCCCUCUGGGCAGAGAGUGAAACAUCAGAAAAUAAAGGAACAAGAAGAGAUUUUAGGAAUUAUGAUAAGCCUUGGCAGGUAAAUGCAAAAAAGCCUAAAAAGUCAAAGAGCGACCUUGCUGUGUCCAACAUUUCUCCACCAUCACCGGAGUCCAAGUCAUUGCCAAGGUCAAUAGAGCAUCCUAAAUGGGAUUGGAAGACAAAACCGGAGAACCAUGAUUUUGAUGAACUAAAUCAUAUUCUUCAAGAGAGCAAAAAGCUUGGAAAAGCCCUUGAGAAUCUGUCUCGCAGCAUUGCUAUUUCUGAUGAACUCGAUAAGGACACAGCAGGUUUUAGCACCCCCCUUCUCAGACCUCGUGUUAUUGGAGAAUGGAUUGGCCGUGAAGAAAAUGAUGCAGACCCUCUGGCUGCUGAGAUGCUGCAGCCACCAAUACCAAGAAAUAAAAAUGAGCAGUGGGACAGUGAGGAUAGCAGCAGUCCUGGAGGAAGCUUAAAAAUGGAGCCAAAGACCAAAGGAUUAAAACAUCAACAGCAGCAACAUAAGAAACUGCUGGCUGCCAUGCUUUCUCAGGACUCCUUUGAUUCAGCACAAAGCACAGCUCCAUCUGUAACUGAAGAAGACAUUGACAAUGAAGAUGAUGCAAUGGAACUACUGGAGGAUCUUGAUGAUCUCAGAAUGGAAGGAGUAACAAGUGUGGUGUCUUCUGGGAGCAAAUUCAAUCAAACUCGAAGUGCUCAUGCGGCUGAGCCUCAAGCAAAGGUCACAUUGAAUAUAUGUGCAAGAUGUGCCAGAUUGCAAGGGGAUAAUUUGGCAGAAAGGCCAGAAGAUGUCUCCAUGGUAUCUCAGACAUCUGAGCCAGCAGUGUCAGACUCUGAUGCUCAAGUACCUGGGGUUGAAACACUCACAGAAGAUAUUAAUGAGUUUCAGAGUGCUUCUCAAGUGACAGCAUCUUCUCAGACAGUUUGGACCUUGGAUACCGUGACUGUUAGAUCUGGAGGUUCCCCAAGGCAGAAACUCCUAAAGGACUCCUUAGCAGCAAAAGAACUUCAGACCAUGGAAAAACACCUAGCUGACAUUGAGAAGGACCUCGCACUGUGGGAAGAAGCAAGGCUCUCGAGGAGCCCUGGUGUCCAGCAUCCCAGUGUAGUUACAUCUGACCAUCAAGGCAAUCUUCAAGCUGCACAGGGCCAAACCCCAAGGCCUCAGGUGCCAACUCCGCCAGGGAAGAACAUCCAGCUCCAAGGAAGCAAAUCACCACCGCUGCCCACUAACAGCAGAACACAGGUUUCUAGUGUCACAAACAGCAGUACGCAAACCAACAGGCCAUCAGCUCCAGGGAGCAGACCUAUGACCCCAAAUACCUUGUUGGCACGGCCUCUUACCCCUAGCAACCAAGGAAAUAGGGAAGGCAUUAUUAGCAUGCAAAGAAGCAGAUCUUUGUCAUCUAAGAGCCAAAUGGGGAGGACCCUCAGUGCUGCUUCAGGGCUUUCUGUGCAAGUGAGUGGAGAUGUUGUUGGAACUGUCACUACUCAGAGAAACAGUUUAUCAGAAAUCUGUUUGUGGCAGGAUGAAUUCUUACAACAGCUUCAACUUGCUCCUCAACCUUGGAUAUUGCCGAGUGACACAGAAAGUGAAGCUGACCAAGACAAAUAUCAAACUGUGAUAGAGCUUGAAUAUCUGCUAAAAGAAGCACCUCCAAGGAAAACAACUGAACAUUAGGUAUAAAUGACAAAAAGCCCCCAGCCAUAUAAAGGUUUGUGAAAUCAGUGGAAUUAUUGAAGAACAAUUUAAUAAAAAACAAAAUUAUGGUGAUCAAAACUA